AUGUUUCUUGGCGAGUCUCUGUUCCUAAUUCCGCUUCUAUUUCGAUACCUGCAGCGCCAAAUUUUGCAGCGGCGCGACGAUGCAAGCGAACCGCUCCUGGACGACGACACGCCGAUUUCUGUGUACGGCGCGGCUGCGCCACGAGCCAAGCAUACCGCCCACUUCUGGAAGCGUAUCGUGUCCGGCGCUAACAGCCUCUUUUAUGACGAGAGCCCACGUUCACCGAAAAAUGCAGCAUUUGUGAGCAAGGACGCAUUUCUGUUCCUGUUCCCUGCCGUGUGUGAUAUUUGUGCGACGACCCUGAUCAAUGCCGCAUUGGUCAUCAUGCCUGCGAGCAUAUGCCAAAUGACGCGCGGAUCGCUUGUCCUCUUUGUCGGAAUUCUGAGCGUCGUAUUCCUUGGCUACCAUUUGCGUCUUUACCAAUGGGUUAGUCUGCUGCUCGUCAUGCUCGGCGUCGCGCUCGUGGGGUUGAGCAGUAUUUUCGUGUAUCCAGAGCAUUCUUUUGUGGCGCGCAUCGUUGGCACGGCCGAUACCUCGUUUGCGGCAAAAGUCUUGUUGGGCGUUGCCAUGGUCCUGCUUUCCCAAGUUCUUACCGCCAUGCAGUCGGUGUGGGAAGAAAAGGUAAUGAGCGACUUUGCGGUGCGACCGACGACAGCGGUUGCGCUGGAAGGCGCAUUUGGGACUGCGAUUGUGCUUGUAUGCAUGCCGCUCCUGCAUUACACGCUGGGUGCGGGCACUGGCGGUUCAUUUGACAUGGCCGCGGGCUGGCGUCAGAUCGUGGAGAAUUCUACAAUUUUAUGGAGCAUGCUUGCGUGUGCGCUAAGCAUUGCGCUCUUCAACAUGUUUGGCCUGAAUGUGACGCGUCUUGUGAGUGCUACGUCGAGAAGCACCAUUGAUACCCUGCGCACGCUCGGCAUUACGGCAUUGAGCAUGGCAUUUGGGUGGGAAGUGCUGCAGCCGCUGAGCGGCGCAGUCCAGUUCCUUGGAUUUGCGUGCCUUGUCUAUGGCAGCUCUGUAUUUAACAACGUGGUGGCACCGCCGUUUUUUCUAUUUGAACAAGACGCGCAGGAGCACGCAGAUAGGUUGUAA